AUGAAAACCUUAUUUUGUUGUAUAUUCACCCUCACUGCCAUUUUCGCAACUUCUGUCUUCGCCCAAGUGGAACCACAGGAUUUUCUACUCCAAUAUGGUUAUUUGAAAGAAAAGACGGGGGCUAACAGGGCUGAGAAUCCGACCCCUGAGGAAAUGCAAAAAGCUAUCAUAGCAUUCCAAAGAUUUACCGGACUGCCGCAGACGGGUGUAAUGGAUGAUACGACAUCGAAAAAAAUGAUUGCACCAAGAUGUGGAGUCAAAGACAUCACCGGGAAACUUGGUGAAUACAGAGCAGUUUCCAAAUGGCCGAAAAAGCUAAUCACUUGGAAGAUUCACAAAUACAGCAAAACAUCAAAAUUGUCUCCUGCCGAACAAAAGCGUGCUAUAAGGCGUGGCCUCAAGCGAUGGGCACAAGUCACCCCACUGUACUUCCGAGAAACAGGGGGCAAACCUACUCUUGAUAUUUCAUUUGAGAAAGAGAAACACGGAGAUGGACAUGCAUUUGAUGGAAUUGGACGAGUUUUAGCCCAUGCUUUCUUCCCUCGAAACGGUGACACCCAUUUUGAUGACGACGAAAUCUGGGUCAACGGAGGAGAUACAGGAACAGAUUUGGAGACAGUCGCUGCUCAUGAAUUCGGCCACGCCCUCGGUCUUGGACACUCCACUGAAUCAAGAUCACUAAUGGCACCAUUCUAUCAGAAAUUUCCUGACAAUUUUAGACUUCACCCGGACGAUAUUGCAGGAAUUCAGAAACUUUAUGGUAAGUGGUUUGAUUUUUAUUUUUUGCGGUAUUCAUCUGGAGAUUAUCAUUCAUUGUGA